CACCUUUUUCACUCGUAAAUAUCGGAGGCAUAUCACUUAAAGAGUAUCGAAAUAGGUCGAGCGUGAGGAAAAUUCGCGAUAAACGAGAUAAAUCGUUAAGUGACGAGGGAAAUUUGUACAAGUUGGAAGAAUAUCUUGACACGGCCACAAAAGACUACAAUUAUUUCAACGAUCUUUUAAAAAAAGAAUUCUAUCAUAUGCAACUGAAAAUCUAUGGUCUUUUGCUGGACCGGAUGGACCGUUUAGUGGAUAGCGGAUACUUUGAUGUGAACUCUGAUAGCAUGAACGGGUUUGAUGAGAGACGUGGGGAUAUUCAGGAAAAGAUGAAAGUAUUGACGCUGCUUGGACGACGAGCAAAACAUGAGGAACGACCCAGCACAGAAUUAUUAGACGAGAUAGAAGAAUACGACCACGAAGACGACGUGUCACCGCCGAACACAGCUUCGCCUACUAAUUAUACAUCAAGAGACAUAAAUAACAACAAUUAA